GUUCUGUCUCUGUUCACUCCAAUCACUAGUUGAUAUAUCCCAUCUUUCUUCUCCAAUUUAACUUGAGCCCCUCUUUAUAUCCACUUUCUUCUUUAAGACAUAAAAAAAAGGAAAAAUAUCAACAUGUACACCGGAUCCAUCCUCGUCCUAGCCCUCUCGGCCGCCACCAUGGUCAGCGCCCACGGCAAAGUCCUCUCCGUAGUCGGCAACGCAGGCGGAAACGGCACCGCCCUCGGCAUCAAAGGCGCCUCCAUCGCAACAUUCGGCCCCAACUCCGCCACCGAAAAAGACACCACCGUCUUCGGCGGCAACGCCAACGACCCCACAACCAACGGCCUCGGCAAGACCACCGCAUCGGGAACCCUCAAGGUCGCCGACCUCGCCGACACCAUGGCCGCGUCCGGCAGCACUUUACCUCAAGUCUCCGCCGACGGCACGGGCACCAUUACCGGGACGUGGAGAAUCGUCACCAGUGACGGGACGGCCAAUAACAAGAAUGGGGAUCUGUUUGCUGUUAUUGAUUCCACGGGCACGGGCGCGUACUCGACGGGCACGCAGCUUACUGCUACGUCGGAUAUGGUUGGGAAUGGACAGGGGAACGUCGUUCAGCGGACUGUGACAAGGGCUCUUCGUGCUCUUGGAAAGCGCGCUACGAAUGUUGGUGCUGAUGCUCCCUUCACAGUCAAGAUCCCCGCCGGCACGACCUGCACCGGCACCGACGCCACAUCGGGAGCCACGAACUUCUGCCUGAUGAAGAUCGCGAACAACAACAACGCCGGUCCUUUCGGCGGCAGCAUUGCAUUCCAGGUUGCCGGCGCGAGUACCAGCUCCAAUACCACUGCUGCUGCUACCACUGCCACGCAAGCCAAUGCCAAGGCGGCGAAGGCUGGGAAGACUGCUAGACGGGAGCAGAUGUUUAAGGCGUAGAUAGAUAGAUCGAGCGGGCUUGAUUGAUUAGGUCUGAGCUGGAAUGAGGCAGGGAUGGAUAGAUAGGGAUGGAUAGAUAGGGAUGGAUGGAUGGGGAAGGGACGAGAGGUUGAAGGCAUGGCGUGUAAGAGGACGAUAUGAGAAUUGUACAUAGAGUAGGAAGCAAAUGAGAUGAUGCAAUGAAAAUAAGAAGACUAAUCACCAAC